AUGACCCUGGAGCAGCACACCAGGCCCGAGAAGCCGCACAGCAUCCUCAUUGGACUUCUACGUGGACGGCCACUGAAGAUCCUUAGAGCAAUAGAAGAUGGAAACGGCCUUGAAGCCUGGAGAGAGCUGAACAAGCAGUUGGCACCGAGAACACGUUCGAGGAGCAUUGCAUUGCUUCAGGCGUUCUUGUCCCACCUGCAGUUCACCAAGGACAAGACAGUGCUGGAGCAGGUGCUUGGGCUUGAGAGGCUGGCAGAUGAGUACCACAGUGCGGCAGAGGAGGAGAUCUCAGACAAUAAAAAAUUGUCAGUCUUGCUCAGGGUAGUUCAUCCAGCCCUGAGGCAACACCUUCAGCUGUCGAUGGAUGAAAGCGCCACCUAUGCCACAACACGUGAGAAGGAGCUGGACAUACGAGAUCGAGAUCGAGGAGACGAACCAGUGCCUAUGGAGGUUGGCAGAGUCAAGGGCUUCAACAAGGGCAAGAGCAAGAAAGGAGGCAAAGGAAAGCCCUAUGGGAAGGACGACAAAGGGAAAGGCAAAGGAAAGAGCGAUGGCAAGUCAAAGGGAAAACAGAAUGACACCUACAAGGGCAAGGGCUUCAAGGGCUAUGGAAAACAAGAUGGACAAGGGAAAGGAAAAGGUGGCCUAGCCUACGACGCUUGUAAGCUUUGUGGAGGCAAAGGUCAUUGGAGUCGAGAAUGUCCUGUACGUUCUUUGCGCCAGGUGGCAAAAGAGAAUGAGACCCCAGCAGCUUCGAGUGGAGCUGGAGUUCAAAGCAGUGCGCAAAGUUCUACAACAGGGACAUCAACAGUGAGAAGGGUCCAGAUCAUUGACUUGGACGACAUGGAUGAGCCCGACGGUGAAGCAUCAAUUCGAAUGGUGAGCGCUGAGGAGUUCGACAUGACCUACAGCGACGAUGACAAGGAUUGGGAGGUCUGUGAAAACGGAGAAGCUGGUGGAGACGCCUACUUUGAGACCUUCAUGGACCUGGACUACAACGUGGAGAAGCACAUGGAGCUUGGUUCAAGGCCAACACAGAGAGCCUUUGUGAGGAAUGUCAACAUGGAGGAGUUCGUGGACGUGAUCCUGGACAGUGGGGCAGAUGUUUCUGUCUUACCUAUGGCCUACAGUGGCAUUGGGCAACCUUUGACUGGAAAGAGCAUCUUGCGUGAUGCACAAGGGCGCAAGAUGGGUGGUGGAGAACUCCGACGUGCAGUGGUUGUUCUUCAAGAUGGACAAGGCAAUGAGGUGGCAUUUGUCCCUGGACAGAAAGGUACCGUUUGUGGUCACCUUGAACUCCAAGAACUACCAGGACAGCAGAGGCCAAAAUCCCCAGAACCGACAGAGGAAAAGAAACAGCAGCAAGGAUUUGGAUGGCAUGGAAGGACAUUGGAAGACGGUGUCUAUGAAAUCGACGAUGAGGACGAGCCUGAAAUGGGUUUGCAGCAACAUGCUCCAGAAGGUGAUCCUAUGCCUUUGGUGAGAGCAGAAGAACUUGGAGAAGACUUUGAGGAGAUCGAGGUGGAUGGUGAAAAGUUCAUACAGAGCUCACCGCUGAGGAAGUUACGGGAGGCUUUGAAAAUUUGUGGACUUCCCAAAGGACGUUCAAAAGCAGAUGCUUGGGAGAGGUUGAAAAUUCACCACAAGAACUUCUCUGAGUCUGUGGCUGUGGAAUUGACCAGAAAGGAGUUUGACAGAAAGAAACAACUUGAAGGUGGAGACAGAGCCCGAGGGCAAAGCAUCCCACGUAUGCCCACCAAGGCAGAAAGACAGAUUCAUGAACUUUGUUAUUGGCCCUAUGAGUCGUGGUGCCAAUCCUGUGUUGCAAGGCGAGGCAAAGCAGAUCAUCACCACCGACUUGCAGAAGGUUUACGACGUGCAGAAAGCAAAAGUGAGUUCCCUGUGGUGAGCAUGGACUUUUGUUUCACACGUGGCCUUGUGGAGCCUGAAGAAGCUGAUCGGGAAGACCUCAAACUAUAUGGUGGAGAUUAA